AUGGGGAAUUGUUUUGGAUUUCGAAGUGAAAGUUCUUACCUUCUGGAUCAAGAGGUUUACGAGACUCAAGAUGACCUGGAUGAAAUCCCUAGGACAGAUCAUCAGGUACCUACUUAUCAUAUAAGUCCAGGCUUGCCUAUUCUUGCAUCCGAUCUGACAGAGGAGGAACAAAUAGAAAUUGUUAAACGUAUUCACAUGCUUCAAUUUCUUCCCUUAACGAAUUAUAUACCUGUGAAUAAAGAGAAAUUAAGAGAGUGUAUUAUAUGUAUGAAUGAUUUAAAACUUGGCGAUGAAGUACGUUACCUGCCCUGUCUACAUACUUAUCAUCGUAUAUGUAUUGAUGAAUGGCUUAUGCGUUCAUUUAGUUGUCCUACAUGCCUUUUAAAUUUAGAACCUGAUACUUCACUGACUACAACAACAGUAACGGCACCAAGAACACAAAUUCCGCUAUCAUCAGAAAAUACAAUUACACCGACAGAGACGUGUGGUUCACCUCGAACAACAAAUAAUACUACUAACCUGGUUACAUCAUCUCCAGAAGUUGUAGUAUCUCCCGAGUUUAAUCAAUCAUUAGCAAAUGAUUCCUACGCAAAUGUCAACUAA